AUUGAAGUUGGAGGUUUGGGAAUCAUGUCUUUGAAGAUGAAGGAAUAAUGGUGGGAGGAAGAAUCAAAGGAAAUUGGAAGGGAAGAGACUGUGGCUUUAAUAUUAUAGUCAGAUAAGGUAGACUAUAGGAACAAGCAAGGCAAGUUGAAGCAGCCAGCAUUGCAGGAGCAUCUUCUUUCCUUUUGUACAUGCUGUGAUAUUUUCUUUAUGGAGCUUCGUCUAAAAUACUCUUUUUAAGAGUCCGUGUACAUAAUUUUUCAAAUUGUUGAAGGGUUCUAAUUUUUGGAUUGAAAGAGGGGUGCUUGGACUCCGGCAAAGAACAAGUGUAAUAGUUGAUGAAAAACAAAGUGCAAUAAAAGAGACAAUAACACGACAUGUUAUAAGGUAUCUCUUAAAUACCUUUCCCUCAACAAAUAUUUACUUUUAUUAAUAGAUUUAACAAUACAAUAAUGAUAAACUCUCAUACUUGAGAACAACCUCUCAAACCAUACAUCUUACGAUGAAGAUCUCACAAUACUGAUACAUAAAAGAACACUCUCAAGUUUCCAAUAAUAUAAUAGCCUUAAUUCUCACAAUAUGUUUAUGUGUGUUGUGGUAAAAUGAUUUUAAGAAUGAUGUUGAGCCAAACCAGCUGGGCUCAUAUGAAGGCAGCAACAAUGGCUCAAGGACACCAAGGAACAGCACCAACAAAGGGAACAACAUGAACAACAGAAACCACACUGAUGUUUCUGAAGUUCUUAGUGAUGAUUUUGAUUUUUCGAAUAGCAAACCAUCAUCUACGAACUAUGAUGAAUUCAAUGCAAGCCAAAAUAAUCAAGAUCGAAAGGAACUAAUUAUGAAGAAACAAAUACAAGAGCUUGAGACAUCAAAGGCACAAGGAUGGCCAACAGAAACAGCAAGAUCAGAUACACAGAAGGCCCUGACCAAUACCGAUGACCAGGCCACCUUGAUGGAGCCGUACAGACGUAACCAAAGGUCAUGGGAGGACAUGGAGGGUAGAAUUAGAAUCUCUCCACAUGGACCUUGCUGUCAUGGCCCAAGAACCCUCCUUACAGUCACCGGAAGUGCACAGAAAAUCGAGGCGAAGGUCGUUCGGCCAGCAGGUGAACACUGACAAAAGGACCAGCAGCUUUGUUCUAUUUCUGUGUAUCACGUGUAAUGCACAUAAGCCAUAUGACCGUUAUGUUAGUUGCCUAAACGUGUAUUUCUUCCUUGUUCUGAUCAUGUACAUUAAUCCUAUAUAUAGGGAGUUCAUGCAUUGUAAAAGACAAGUUGAUUUUAAUAAAAUUUCAGAAAA